UGUUUAUGAAAUAAAUACAUGAAAGUUAAAUAUUGAGACCUAAACAUGAAUUUAGAAAAUGUAGUGGAAUAUUUUGAAUCUAGUGAUGAAGAACUUGAACUCGUACAUCAAGUGCUAUCAUAUGCGCAGGCACUUGCAAUGGAUGAAGCUGAAUCCACGCCGCGAUUUGGAGGAUCUCUUCCUGGGAAGCGCCCAAACAUCGAUCGAAAGGCAGAGGAAGGAGCUCAACGUUUGUACGACGAUUAUUUCUCGGAAUCGCCUGUUUACACAGACGAGCAGUUCGAAAGGCGUUUUCGUAUGUCCAGGCGCUUGUUUCUCAGAAUUGCGAAGGCUUUGGAGCAAAACGAAUAUUUUCUUCAAAAACCUGAUGCAACUGCUAUCCGGCAAUUAGCCUACGGGUCUCCUUCCGAUGCAAUCGAUGAAUAUGUCCGGAUGGGAGAGUCUACUGCACGUAAAUGUUUGCAAGAAUUCUGCAAGACUGUGAACCACUUGUUUGGAAAAACUUACUUGCGCUCCCCAACGCGUAGUGAUUUACAGCGACUCUUGCAAAUAGGUGCAAAACGAGGUUUUCCAGGAAUGCUCGGUUCGUUGGACUGUACCCAUUGGCAAUGGAAAAAUUGUCCUAUGGCUUGGGCAGGCCAAUAUAAAGGCAAAGAAAAGAAACCUUCCAUAAUUCUUGAAGUUAUAGCAUCAUACGAUCUUUGGAUUUGGCACGCAUUUUUUGGAAUGCCAGGAUCCAAUAACGACAUAAACGUACUGGAUAGAUCUCCUCUUUUCUCAGAUUUGUACAACGGAACUCUACCGGAAAUCACGUAUGUAAUCAACAAUCAUACAUACAAUACCGGGUACUACCUCGCCGAUGGUAUUUACCCACCGCUGGCUACUUUAGUGCAAACGAUUUCGUCACCCGUUGGCCAAAAACGUAAACACUUCGCUACAAUGCAAGAGUCCGCAAGAAAAGACGUGGAGCGUGCGUUCGGUGCUAUGACUGAGAAAUUUGCCAUCAUCAAACAACCCGCCAGGUUGUGGAACAAUGAAGACCUCAACAUGGUCAUGCGCUGCUGCAUAAUACUUCACAAUAUGAUAAUAGAAGACCAACGUAAUGAGCCUACACAUUUUCCGCACAGUUCGUUUCAUGGCAACAUCUUUGAAUCUCCCAAGAAUAAUUCAGAAUUCGGAGAAUUUCUGUCAAGAUAUGAAAAAGUGCACGAUACUACGCUUCAUUACCAAAUUCAGAACGAUUUAAUUGAGCAUUUGUGGCAAAUCAAGGGAGAAACGGAAGAGGAAUGAUGGUACACAAAUGCUAAUGCGAAAACUU